AGGGGAUUCCCCUUCCAAACUGUAAAAGUCAAAUCUCUCUCCUCCUCCAGUGUCCCAUACACUAAGAAGAAUCUCCAAUAAAGGUCAUCUUGAUACCUGCAGGCCAUCCUGGUACAAGAAGGUGGCACUUGUAGUGUCAAUACUGCAGGUCAUCCUGGUUCAAGAAGUUAGCACUUGUAGUGUCAAUACUGCAGGUCAUUCUGGUACAAGAAGGUGACACUUGUAGUGUCAGUACUGCAGGUCAUCCUGGUACAAGAAGUUGACACUUGUAGUGUCAAUACUGCAGGUCAUCCUGGUACAAGAAGGUGGUACUUUUAGUGUCAACACUGCAGGUCAUCCUGGUACAAGAAGUUGGCACAUUUAGUACCAAUAUCAGUGUCAGAAAACUCCUGUAAGUUCUGUAAAUACUAUAAUGUAUUAUUGCCUCUUAUCCUCUUUUACACUUUACAGGAUGUCGAGAUACAAUAAGUUGAUGAAAAUCUAACUACUUUUCAUAGAGAGUCAAGAAUUACAAGAAAAAUUUAUGGCCUGUAAUAAUAUAUUGUUCCAUAGAACAUAUCACUUAUAAGUUAUUAGCUUUUCUCUUGUAUCUUAUGAGUGCAAGAAUAUUUACAGAGAACUAUGUACAUGACCUUAAGGUUUCAUUUCCAUUCACAUGAAUAAAGUUACAAGUUCAGAACACUAGUGAAUAUAUCAGAUAUUGGACUUGGGACAUAAUGUACAGAUAAGUCCCCCAAAAGCAUCUACUUAAGUAUGAUCUAAGGGAAUACGGUUCUGUUACAACAGAGGACUUCCAAGCAAUGCACCUUGAGCUGUAGACCAGCUGCUGCUGCCAGUAGUGGGGAGGGGUGACCUGACAUAAGGUAGAUCACGUGACGUACUUUGAGGCAGCUCGGGUUAACCAGAGACUGGUCGUUACACUAGUGUUUGACAACUGUUACACCUAACAUGAGAUUUUAAAACCACUGAGAAUAUACAAUAAUUUUACAUGAUUCCUCUAAGUAAUUUUUAUUGACCACAGAUAAUAUUAUACAGUCGGACUUGCUUAUUUUAGCUACUAAUAAGGAAGUUUGCAAUAUGAUAUUAAGUGAUAUCAGCUCAAAGCAAUGUGGAAGGUGACUAGGCAUAUCAGUAAAUAUAGUGAGAACACUAACUACAGUGCUAAUACAAUGACAUCUCUGAUUAUGAUGUUUAUGCAGUGACAACACUAACUACAAUGUAAUUCAGUGAAACACUGACUACAGUGUUAACCCUUUCAGGGUUUCUGAUGUACUAGUACAGCUUACGCACCAGGGUUUUUGACAUACUAGUACGCCUAAAUUCUAGCGCCCUCAGAUCUAGUGAGAGAAAGCUGGUAGGCCUACGUAUGAAAGAAUGGGUCUGUGUGGUCAGUGUGCUCAGUAUAAAAAAAAUUCUGCAGCACAAAGUGCGUAAUGAGAAAAAAAAACUUUGACAGUGUUUUUGGUUUAAAACAAAGACUUUGCACUGUAUUUUUGUAUGGUAUUUAUGAUAGUAUUCUAGUUUUCCUGGUCUCAUUUUAUAGAAUGGAAGACAUGUUACAGAAAUUGAGACGAUUUUGAUUGAUUUUACAAUAAAAAGUACCUUGAAAUUGAGCUCAAAGUAGCAGAAAUCUUCGAUUUUUACCGAAGUUCAAAAGUAAACAAAUCAUGCUAUGCGUCCAAUACACGUCAACUGGUGAGUCUGAUAUUCUUUCACAAGUAUGGUGAUAUUAUUUAUACCAUUUCUACACUAAUGCAGUAGUCUGCAUAACAGUAAAUCUUCUAUUUUUUGUGAGAAAAAAAAUUCCAAAUGGAAAGCAAAAGAAUGUAAGAGGGGCAUGGGGACAUGACUAAUGAACAGACGAAAUGUUAUUUUAGUGCCAAGAAUGUUUUUCUUGUUUAUUCUGAACCCUGUUUGGAAAUUGGCAUCUUUUGAAAUUUGUGUGAAAUUGGCAAAAUUGCUAAAUUCUGACCACUUUAUUGGAUAGUUGAAAUCAAUAAAUGGGUGGUUUCUUGUACUCAUUCAAUAGAGAAAAAUAGAGUUCUAGCGAAAUAGUUAUGAUUUUUAUCGACUAGUAUACUGGAAUUGGCCAAAAAUAGGGCUCAAAAUGCUCAAAUCGCCGAUGUGUAAACAUCAUCGAGACCACUAACUUUGCGAGAGCAUAAUUCCGUAAGUUUUCCAUAAAAUUUCAUACUUUCGGUGUCAUUAUGAUCGGGAAAAGAUUCUCUAUCUUUUCAUAAGAUUUUUUUUUUUUUUUUAAUUUGUCGACCCUGAGAACAAGUCUGGGAGAGGGCCUGUCGCCCUGAAAGGGUUAAUACAGUGACAAUACUGUUACAACAGUGUUGGUAAUACAACACUUACAGUGCCAACAAGUGUCAUAAAUAUCUGCUAGUGUCAUCCUUCUUAUUCCUCAGACACACUGUUACCCUUACAUGUUUAGUGCUUGCUAUAUUUAUAAUAAUAGAAUAAUACAGUAAUAUUAGUUUUCUGUGUAAUAAAACAUUCUCAAAUCUCCACUGGUUAAACAAUUUAAAUAUGUGAAAACUUAUUGUUCAAUAUGUCUAAAAUACCUGAAAAAGAAUGUGUUGAAGCAACAGAAUGUACAGUUGUUCAUGUAGGAGACCAGUUAGAUCAACAUUCACAUGAAAAACAAUGUGUUGAAGCAACACAAUGUACAGAUGUUUGUGUAGGAGAUCAAUUAGAGCAACAUUCACGCUCACUCAAACAAUCUUCACAACAACCUCAGCGUGGACAUCUGGCCAAAUUUAAUAUAGGCAGAAAAACAUUUCAGUGUUCAGUGUGUCUAAAAGAGUUUUCUGAAAAGUAUAACUUUCUAUGGCACAUAAGAACUCAUACUGGAGAGAAGCCAUAUCGGUGUUCAGAAUGUCUGAAAGACUUUUCUAGAAAAUCAGAUUUAGCAAUACACAUGAGAACUCAUACUGGAGAGAAGCCAUAUCAGUGUUCAGAAUGUCUGAAAGACUUUUCUAGAAAAUCGGAUUUAGUAAUUCACAUGAGAAUUCAUACUGGAGAGAAGCCAUAUCAGUGUUCAGAAUGUCUGAAAGACUUUUAUUGCAAAAAAGAUUUAGAAAGACACAUAAGAACUCAUACUGGAGAGAAGCCAUAUCAGUGUUCAGAAUGUCUGAAAGACUUUUCUAGAAAAUCAUAUUUAGUAAGUCACAUAAGAACUCAUACUGGAGAGAAGCCAUAUCAGUGUUCAGAAUGUCUGAAAAACUUUUCUAUGAAAUCAAAUUUAGUAAGACACAUAAGAACUCAUACUGGAGAGAAGUCAUAUCAAUGUUCAGAAUGUCUGAAAGACUUUUCCAGCAAAAGACGUUUAGGAAAACACAUGAGAGCUCACAUUGGAGAGAAGCCAUAUCAGUGUUCAGAAUGUCUGAAAGACUUUUCUGUGAAAUCAAAUUUAGUAAAACACAUAAAAACUCAUACUGGAGAGAAGCCAUAUCAAUGUUCAGAAUGUCUGAAGGACUUUUCUAAUAAUUCUCACUUAGUAAGACACAUGAAAACUCAUACUGGGGAUAGGCCAUAUCAGUGUUCAGAAUGUCUGAAAGACUUUACUAAAAGAUUUCAAUUAGAAAGUCACAUGAGAAGUCAUACUAGAUAGAAAGCUUUCCUAGAGGUGGUGUCAUGUUUCAUGCACUAAUAUUUCUUCCUCUACCAACACUGAUAUUAAAGUAGGGAAGUAUUUUUUGGGUCUGCUUGAAAGACAGAAGAUAGUGGGAGCAUAUUAACUUUUUGACUGUCGCAGCCGUAUAUAUACGUCUUACGAGGUACCGUGUUUGACGUAUAUAUACUCAUAAAUUCUAGCGGCUUCAAAUCAAGCAGGAGAAAGCUGGUAGACCCACAUGUGAGAGAAUGGGUCUGUGUGGUCCAUGUGCACCAUAUAAAAAAAAUCCUGGAGCACGCAGUCAGGGCCGGAUUACCGCAUAGGCAAACUAGGCAUUUGCCUAGGGCCCCACGCAUUUGGGGGCCCCGCAGUCCAAGGGGUUCAGGGGCUCAUCCAAGACUGUGUACAUGGUGCAAGUGCAAAGGGGUCCCUACCUAAAAAGUUCAAGUGUUUGGAGAGUAAAAUUGAAUUUUAAAAAUUAAUCAAAACAAAAAUAAAUAAUGAAAUAAAAUAAAAUAAAAAUAAAUAAACCUAACCAUAGAUGGCAACACUCAACACGCCUUUAUUUACAUCACAGAAGUGCCUGUGAAUAUAAACAAUUCUUUACUUUCUUGAGUUUAUAUGAUUU